AUGGCCAAACCCUUUGAUCCCGAGCAGGCUGAGAACCUGGAUGAUAUGGAGAAGCAAUUCGCCGUCAAAGCCGUCGAACACUUGAUGACAUACUGGGCCAUCUUGGAGAAGGUCAAGGGCUCGCAGCUGCGCCUGACCAAGAUGGACGAUGAGAUCCUCGAAUCCUUCACCAAGACCUUCCCAGAAAUCGACCCCGCUGGACCCAUCAACGAGGAUGAGAUGAAGAGCAAGGCUGGCAAGGACAAGUGGCGCAACUGGAUGAAGCAGUACGAGAAGACCAUCGAUGACUACAACUUCGGCACAAUCUUCCGCACUCGGUCCGAUGUCGAGUAUGAUCAGGAUACCACCAUUUUCGGCGUUCGCAUGCAGUUCUACGCCAUUGAGAUUGCUCGUAACCGCGCUGGCCUCAAUGACUGGAUCUACGAGCGCGCCCAGAAGAACAGCGCAUGA